UCCACAUCCACACUGCUGAGAGCACAGAUUCCGUUUGCAUGCAUGAACAAAGUGUCCGACGAAAGUUUUAAGCUUCACAUGCAAAAGGACUGGAAGUUACCCAAUCUUCACUUGAUUGAGGAUUUAGUGUGGUGUACUUUUCAAGGUCAUUCCCCGUGUGACUGAUCACAUAGGUCAUUAGCUCAUUUUUAGUUUUAGAAAAUGGGGCUCAGAUCAAGGAAAAAAACAGUGUUAAUCUUCCUAUUCUUUGUCGGCCUAAUCAUUGGACUUGUAAUUUCGUAUGGAAUACGACUAUUAUCUAAUAAAUCGAGUUUGUGUCGUCAAACAAAUUUGGCUCCUUCUACAUCCUCCUCAAUAUCGAGCGCAGUAGUAAAGUUCCCAGACCAAAUUGUCAAUCUCGCGUCCAAUCAAUGGAACACGUCGUUUGGUGACAGUAGUGGCGAUGACAGAUCCAGCUCCUCCCCAAUUACUGCGAGUGUUCAACGAGAUGAUAAACCGAGACAAUUGCUGUUUGUGGGUGUAAUGACUGCUAGCGUAUUUCUUGCCACGAGGGCGAGGGCCGUGUGGGAAACCUGGGGUAAAACCAUUCCGGGGAAAGUGGUUUUCUUCACUGGAGGCAAUGCGUACAGCGAAGAAAGGAGAAAGUCAUUUAACGAGUCCUUCCCAUUGGUCCUCCUCCCCGGAGUAGAUGAUUCCUACCCUCCGCAGAAAAAAUCAUUCAUGAUGCUCAAAUACAUGUAUGAAAAUUAUGGAGACAAGUAUGAAUGGUUCAUGCGAGCUGAUGACGAUGUAUAUGUGCGUGGUAAUAAGCUGGCCGAGUUUCUUCGACAAAUUGACAGCCGGCACAUCUACUUUAUUGGUACCGCUGGUCAAGGCAAUCAGGUUGAUAAGGGGACCCUAAACUUGGCACACAAUGAAAAUUUCUGCAUGGGGGGUCCGGGAAUAAUUUUGUCCUUCCAAACUUUGAAUAAAGUUGCUCCUCACGCCCAACAAUGUCUAAAAGAUAUGUACUCAACCCAUGAGGAUGUUGAAGUGGGACGAUGUGUAAAGCGAUUUGCCAAAAUUUCCUGCUUGUGGGCUUACGAGAUGCAAACAAUCUUUCAUCAUAAUUCUAGUGGAGAUUUGGCUUUCACUGGAAAAUUAAAACGCAGAGAGGUGAACAAAGCUAUUACUUUGCAUCCUAUAAAGGAUUUCAAGCAUCUUUACCGUCUUCACGUGUACUUUGAGGGGCUAAAAAUUCAAGACAUGCUCUACGAAAAAAUUUUAAUCCAACGAGACAUCAAUUACAUGUCACAGUUUCUACCGCUAAAUAAAUCUUUGAAGUACAACAAACAGCGAGGUCAGUUUAAUCGAAAUAAUCUUGCUAUUUUUGAUGAUGGGCAUUCCACUGAAGAUUUCAUCGGAAGAACAACAGGAUUUUCUCCCAGCCUAACAAAGUUUUCCCCAACCAAGCUAAACGACAUAAUUGACUGGGAUUUUAUUGGCAAAGGAAUAUUUUCUGCUGGAACAAUAAGUCCAAAACUAAAGCUCAAGAGCGAUGGGAAGGAGGCCUUGGAGGAUAUUGUCAGAGAGGUGAUGGACAUAAUAAACGGCUACUCUCGGGCUAGAGGUAGAAUUGUAGAUUUCAAGGAAAUCUUGUAUGGAUAUCGAAGAGUGAAUCCUGUACAUGGAUCAGACUACAUUCUUGAUUUGCUCAUGACUUAUAGAAAGUACAGAGGUCGAAAAAUUACUAUUCCUGUUCGUCGCCACGUUUAUAUUCAGAGACCAUUUAGCCCAUUACAAAUAAGUUUAGUUGAACCAAUUUCUUCCGUCGAAGAUCAAUCCAUAGUAGUUGUUAAUACUGUAAAGACUAAAAUUGUAAUGAUCGUCCCGUUGGCAGGAAGGUACUCAACAUUCAAGCGAUUCUUGGAUAACUUCCAUUUCACUUGUAUGGAGUUGUAUCAGUUGGAUAACACCUCUCAACAUGUUUCGCCAACUCUAUUCGAUCUUAGUUUAGUGGUAGUGUUAUUCGGCACUGACGACGAGAAAGACAAGUUUUUACACCUGGUUCAAAGAAAAAGGGAUUUAUUGUCGUGGGGAAAUGAUCCCGAAGAGACGCAGUGUAAAAUUCAAAUGGUUCAGCUAGACACAGAGUUUGCCAGGGGCCAAGCAUUAGAAACGGGUAUAUCUCAAUGUAACGAUGAAGAUCUUCUAUUUUUAAUAGACGUUGACUUGACUUUCAGUGCAGAUGUGUUAAGAAGAGUCAAUUUAAACACGAAACAGGGACGUCAAGCGUAUUUUCCGAUAGUAUUUAGCCAGUACAACCCAAAGUUUUAUAGCGACCCGACGAAAGAUGACAAAGGGGCUUGCAAACAUAUUAAUGGCGACAGUAAUUUUAGCCAAAACCUCGAGUGUCAAAUAAAUUCUGAUCUCGGGUACUGGAGAGAAUUUGGCUAUGGAAUUGGGUCAUUUUAUAAAUCUGACUUCCGAAAAGCUGGUGGAUUUGAUACCAAAAUUAGUGGAUGGGGAAAAGAAGAUGUUGCAUUGUUUGACAGGUUUUUACAACACACUAAUCUAACAAUAUUUCGUGGACCAGAUCCUCAUCUAGUUCACGUGUUUCAUGAGAAUGAGUGUGACCGAAAAUUGCCAAAAUCACAGUUGGAAAUGUGCCUUGGGUCACAAGCAAACACGCUGGGAAGCGAUCUAAAUCUUAUGAAGCACCUUUUAAAGCAAAGGCAAUAAUAGGUAAUAGGCCGGUUCGUAAUAUAGGGGAAUUAUGGGGCAAGUUUAAUAACUUAAGUCCUGUUUAGUGUUAUCAUUUUCUUGUGUCAUGUUUAAUCGACUGGCUUCACUCAACUUUAGACAAUAUUAUGCGAUGAUUUAGUUUAGAAAGCGACUAUAAAAAGCUUGGCCGAUACUUGAUUAAAUCAUGUCAAAAAGUUUCUCACCAAGCAGACAGACCUCGCAAAACGCUAAAUGGGUCUUAUCUAUUUGCAUCUUUAAGAGGUUGGAUUAUUACAAUGUACUUACAUAUGGAUUCUGAUAAAUGUUUAUUCCAAAUACACAUAAAAAUACAUUAAUUAAGGUACACAUAUUAACACAUAAUUUUUAUCUAUCAUAUCACUUGAAAAAGUGCAUGUAUUUGUACAAUACGAGCGUUAUGUAUGCCAUGAGAAUUUUCUAAUCUGGAAUUUGAUUGGUGAGAAUAAUAUUCCUAUGCAUGACAUAACGAUGGUGUGCGAAGUAGGACAAAUGUAAAA